CCCUUCUGGACAAGGUAUGCACGACAUACACAAACAAGAUACCACUAUAAAGCCCGAAAGGCUGAGGGGUACGCUUCUGUAUUCAAUACUUCCUCAUCAUAUCUCUUGGAUACUAGCCUUUCUCUGCUGAACUUUCAUCAUGUCUCGCGUUUUGGUCACUGCUCUUCCCUUUGCUUCUCGGCUUCACCCUAAGGUCGGACAUGCGAAGGACAUUCUUGCUCGAGAUAGGGCUCGCGCACAGAAGCUCCUGUCUGGCGUGCAGCCUCAUGGCCCUAUGGGCAUCCAAGAGUUGCGCGCGAAGAGGAGUCAUCACCACCGCCACCACGGUGGCUCGGAAACCACUGAGCCAAGCGACCCGACUGGCGGUAGUGGAGGCUCAAUCGACGUGACGGAUGCUGCCGUUACUUAUACUACGACCGUGAAGGUUGGUCAGUCGGCUCAGGUUUUCACUCUUCUUAUUGAUACGGGAAGCUCCAACACCUGGGUUGGCGCUGAUAAGGAAUAUGUUCCAUCAUCUUCGAGCAAGAGCACUCGGAAGACUGUCAACGUCAGCUAUGGAUCCGGAUCCUUCACUGGAACAGAAUACACCGACCAAGUGGAACUCGCUGCGGACCUUGUCAUCGACGAACAGUCCAUCGGCGUCGCCUCCUCUGCUGAAGGUUUCAGUGGAGUUGACGGAAUCCUUGGCAUCGGACCGGUAGACCUUACCGAGGGCACUGUUGGUGGCUCGGGAACCAUCCCUACUGUUACCGACAACCUCAAGAGCGAGGGUAAGAUUGACAAGGAGUCGAUCGGUAUCUCGUACGUGCCGACGACGGGUACGGACAUGGCGAACGGAGAAUUGACCUUCGGCACUGAGGAUUCUUCCAAAUAUACGGGAGAAAUCACCUACGUCCCGAUCACUUCUACGUCUCCGGCUAACAAGUACUGGGGUAUUGACCAGUCGCUUACAUAUGGAAGCACUACCAUCAUGUCAACUUCCGCGGGUAUUGUUGAUACCGGAACUACUCUUCUUCUUUUGUCCAGCGGUGCUUUCAAGAAGUACACGACGGCGACGGGAGCCAAGAUGGAUGAGUCUACCGGACUACUUUCUGUCACUGAGGCGCAAUUCGAGAAGAUGCAUAACCUUUCCUUCAAGAUUGGUUCGACUACUUUCGAGAUGACCCCCAAUGCGCAGAUCUGGCCGAGAAGCUUGAACACCAUGAUGGGCGGCAAGGCCAAUGGAAUUUAUCUUAUCGUAGCCGACAUGGGAAGCAUGGAUGGCUCAGGUCUCGACUUCAUUGACGGGUUCGCCUUCCUCCAGAGGUUCUACAGUGUCUACGAUACCACCAACAGCCGAGUUGGAAUCGCCCCCACUCCCCACACUAAUGACACUAGCAACUGAUGACCUAACCGGCUUAGGUCAUUCGUUACGCUUUUCAAGGACAUUGUACUCUUCUUAGCACACGUGGAAUUGUAUAUAUAUAACAGGUGAUGCAUCAACGCAAAUCUUUCAGUGGAAGAGGUAUUUAUCAAGAUGCCGGGACUCUUGGAUCAUGCAAGAUACGGAAAUUUCGGGGCAGCUUGUGAGCCAAACCAAACUUGUCUCCAUCAUUUUGCGGCAACUCGUAUGAACCGAUGCCUCCGAGCGUCAGCGACAGCGGUGCCAAUCAGCCCAGCACGGACUAAUCGGUGCUACUCUACAGCUUAUCAGCAGAGAGGUAGAGCCAUUUUACAGGCGCGAAUCAAUGCCAAAUAUCUGCAACUUGAUAA